CGCCAACAAAAGCACAUCGUCUUCUCCACUCCAGCAUGGCUCCCACAUGACCUUCCGCAGGCAUGUGGCCGCAGCAUCAUGACUGCGCUGUCUUUCCCAUACGACCGCCUUAACCCGUAUUCUCCUUUCACUUGAUCUCUCAAUAUGGCUGCGGCGGCGGAAAUGCUUUCGGUCCUUCCUGGCUACUCUCUGGGCUUCAUGGCCUUGGGCUCCUCCCUCCAUGCAAUCCUCACCGCCAUCAAAGAGGAGCCCCACGGCUUUUCCAAGGUCGACUUGACUAUCUCACAACAUUCGCCGUUGCAGACACCUGUUGUAGUGUCGCUACCAGAGAGAGGACUUCGGCUGCGCUUCGAUGGACGCGACCAGCGCUUACGGCUGAUCGAAGUCAUGGACUUUGACAAGGCACGGGUGGCAUACAAGGGUAGCGAGCUGGUGAAGGAGGGCUCUACUGCGACAUUUAAACGAAUCUAUCAGCUCUUCGGAGCGUCGUAUCCAGGGGAAUACCUUGCUCCAAGAUCGGGGAGGACGGGGACAUACACACUUUCAUGGCCGGGAGUCGCUUUUACAUUUCCCUUACAGCACUCUGCUUGGGCAGCAGACAAGGACCAUGUGUCCCUCCUAGGCUCACAGGCGGCGUCAUCAGCAACCUCCAUGGCUGUGUUCGAGGGCAACAGCUGGCCUGAAGCUCGCGAUAUGCUGUUCGUGAAGACGCCUGACGGACCACGGACAUCAGCUCUCACUUUGCAACCUCGCGAUAUGCUGCCAGCGGAGAUUGAAGAAGCUCACAUCACCGGCUCUGGGCAAGUCGAGCUUAUCAGGCGUGCUCCAGCGCUGCCGUUCCACAUUCUAUUAGGCCAAACAACGCCACAAGAUCUGCUCACUGAGCUAGGUCCGCCAGAUGCCUACCACAAACGGGACCCACAAACAAUGCCGGAACAAACCACUCAUCAAAGACCACGGAGCAGCUCUAGAUCGAAUGGUAGAGCGCGUCCAACACCUCCAUCGAGCUACUCGUCCACGGGCACAGAUACUUACGAUACAGACUUUGAUUCCGGAAGUGCAGAAGACGACGCAGUCGAGAGAGCCACUCGUGAGACUUUCUGGAGCUACUUCAGCCACGGCAUGGACAUACUGGUAGGACCUUACAACGACCAGAUUUCCUUACCAGAAGAGUUCGCCCACCUUCCACAAACGCCGCUUUCAACGAGUCCUCGCCUCGUCGUGCUCAAGGUCGUCAUCCAAGGGAACGUCCCUGGAUCUUAUGCUUUCAACCGUCAUCGUCGCUUGAGAUGGGAAAUGUACCUACCCAAAGCCAGCAAAGGGUUUAAUUCCGAGUACCACUUUGAUGAUAUCAAGCCUGACCUCAUGCAAGCUUUCCAAGGGGUGUGGCCCGAGUCUGAAAUGGGAAGGGGAAAGGUGAUUAACAGAACUUGGGGUGCUGGGCCCAGUGAUAGCAGUUUCUUCUUGCUUGAAAGUGGGCAGGAGUUGAUUGAGGGAGCAGGAAGUGAGAGCUUUAUCGAUAACAGCAAGUUGCAUAAUUUCCCUGGACUGACGUUUGAAGUGUUGAGCAACGGGGCCGUUAGUGCUCUGACAGUUUCUUGAGAGGGUGAAUGAAGUGGGAAGAUGCGUGACGUCGCUAGGUGCGAGUGGGCAUGCUGCGGGAUCGUUGUGUAGAUCACACUCAGAUACAUAUCAUCCAUUUGUCAAAGGCAUAUCAGUCCCUUUUAUAAUGCACACAGUGCACAAUGAAGGGCUGAAUCAGCAUGUGAGCAUAGAUGGGCCCUGAGGCCUGAGGCAGUAAGGCUUGAGGAUCGGUGCGGGCCGAUCAAUGUCCCACGCAAUCGAAUGCAGGAACGUGUUUGGACAGAAGGACAUGGGUGCCCUGGCAUUAUAUGACAUAAGUUAUAUAA